CGCACAUGUAGUGACUGAUUCUGCUAUAAACAUACGGCUCGAUUCGGUCAACCAGUUUAUCACCAGCGCUUUUAAAUUUACUCUACCAAUCCGAGCGUUUCUUUCUGCCGCGUGCAUCCAAUAGGGGUCUCUCUCCUAAGAUGGUCACUGAUGCCAUAAAAGAAAUCGUUCUCAGCCAGCGAUAGUGUCCUCCUGCUCGAGCUAGUAGCGGUGCGAUAGAGAAGAGCAAACAUGUCGGAAUUUCUGGAAGACCCGUCCAUGCUCACCAAAGAUAAGCUCAAAAGUGUAUUACUGGCCCAUAAUGUGGCUCUGCCAAACGGUGACCAGAAGAAGGACGUGUACGUGCAGCUGUACUUGAAGAAUCUGACCGCGCAAAACAAAAAGAGCAGCAGCUCUCCAGAUGUCUUCUCCAGCGACGAUGAACUGCCUCCAGCUCCCAUGAUAUCUAACAAGAGCCGCUCCGGCAGGAAAGCCACCAGGAAAACAGACAAAGUUCGUCCAGAGGAUAUUGAUGUCACUGAAUUGAGCAAUGAAGGUUUGAAAGACCUUUUACUGAAGUAUGGUUCGAACGCUGGACCCAUUGUUGCAUCAACUCGUAAAGUCUAUGAGAAAAAACUUCAAAAAUUGUUGGAUCAGGGCCCUCCUGAAGCAGUGGCCCCUACCACAGACUUAACACGGAUAGACGGCAACCAGAAUGGCAACACAGACUCGGACCAAUACAGUGACAAGGACGAAGAAGCACCAGCCCCUGUGUCUGUGCCUGAACCAGUAGUGGAGGCAGAACCCAUUCCAGUUGUGGAGAGGCUAGUCAGGAGCAGGGGGAAAACGCCAGUGACCACCAGAACACGCAGUAGCCAGCACAACAGGGAGGAGGAUGAGGAAGAGGAAUAUGAGGAAGACUGGCCAGUCUUGAAUGUUAAGAGAAAACCCAAGAGAUUGUCUCAUAGGCCGGAUCAGGCAGUCCCCGCCAGUGAUGACACCGAAAACUCUGAGCUCUCACCUGCAGAGUUCUUUCCUGUUUCCAAAGACAGGAGAAGAACAGGGCCUGUGGCAGUAAGAAAGGAGCCCAGGCCUCUGCUCGCAGACAAGACAUCAAAGCUCUCAUCUAAGACUGAAUCUCUGAAACGACGCAGCGCACCAGUUCAUUCAGUUCGGCCUGAUUUGAAAGAGGCUGCUCCAACUUACAAGGAUUUCUCUGAGCCCUCAAUAGUUAAGGAGGUUUCUGGUCCUCUGGUGAGGAUCAAAGCAAACCCUUUGGCAGUGCCAAAGGAACCCAAACCUUCAAUGCACUCUUCUCUUUCUGGGUUUGACCGGUUCGAAUCACCAAAACAUCACGGCUAUCCUUUUCAGUCAACUGUGUCUGAUUUACAUGAGGAAGCUCCCAUUGACCAGUUUGAUGAGAGAGCCGCUGACAUCACUUCCCCUCCGAUUAGAUCAUCCAAUCGAGAGCCACUAGUUUCCUUGCUUAAUACUGCUCACAUUGAGGUGGAUGGCCAUGGUAUGCAGGAUAAACUGAACUGUAGACCAGUGAUCCGUGCUUCUGUGGCUUUGUCUCAGGAGUCUAAAUCGGUCUCAGUGCCCAAGAAUUCAAAACACAUUCAGCCUCAUUUGAGUCUGAACAAACAUUCUAAACCUUUGAUUGACACGAUGUGUCGUUUACCAUCUACCCAUGAUGGCCAAAGUGAGGCUUGCCUGUCACCCUCACUGUCUUUUAGGGAAUCUGCAUACAAUAGGGCUUCAGAUGACUUGAUGCCUAUGUCCGUUAUAUUUUCCCAGGAAAGCUGUGGCUCACCAGAGACCCAGCCCAAGAUAAAGCAGUCCAGAAUCACCCCAUUCACUCCUGUUCGAGGGUUUGAUACCUGCCAGACAGCUAGACAGAAGACCGCAAUGGUCGAAAAGGUUUCUGCCAUUGACCAGACCCCAAGGACAGUAGAGAGAGACGUUCUUAAAGCGAUCUUUCCCAACGAAAACCUCAACACUCCUACAGGAAUCAGUGCCACCUGUCGGCGACCAAUCAGAGGAGCAGCUGGCCGGCCUGUAGUUGAUACAAAGCUGGACGAAUCCCGUUUCCAUCUUACAAAGCUAAGAGAAACCAGCACCUCCUACACCGAGACCCGGUCUGUUCCACGGGUGGCUGCUGUCCCUCUAACCGCUUACAAGCCUCUGGCGCCCCCUGCUCUGAAGACCAGAGCGCGGCGUGGCCUGUCAGUGUGGGUGCAGCUUCUGCUGCUCAGUGCCGUCGCUGGAUUCCUGUUCUUUGUCUACCAGGCCAUGGAGACUAAUGAGGUUGGACUCUUCAAGCAAAGUGGAGCAGAUGAUAGCACCAGCAAGUGAAUGUUAUACAAAUCAUCCCAGACUUUCUCUCUCUCCCUCUCUCUCUAUCAUACUCCGCCAGUACGACACUUUGCUGGCUCAGCAGCCAUUACAAUCAUGGACCUUUACCUGCAUUCUUUGUAGAUUCAUAAAGGACAGUAAUGCUUUUGCAUCAUGUUCUCUGUUCGUAACUGAAUCGGUUUAGAGGAAGGAAACAUGGUUUUAAUAUUAAGAGAAAGGAACCUCUUAGAGUCAUGAACAUGUUUUUUUUCUUGUCUUUUACUGUUAAUGUUGAGUGAGUGAGUGUGUUUGUGAAUGUGUUUGAUGUAAUUUGUACUUUAUUUUACAAGUUAUUGUUGGUGCUGUCAAUGAGUGGGAGUCAAAGUGUUGAAGGAGACUUGGCUAUUUACCUUUUUUGUUUUUUGUUAACAUAAUUUAGUGUCUACCUGUGACAAAUAAAUGCAUAUAUUUGUCAUAUGUAGCUCUUAAAAGAUACCGUAUUCAUCUUAACAUUGAUGCUACUUGUAGUAUUUAUGUAUCUGUUGUUGAAAUACAAAUAUUUUCAAUAAACUGUAUUUGCAAUGUAUUCUGGAAGACAAGGUGAAUUAUUGUUGCAGGAUUUUGUAUCAAGAGUUAUUUGCAGUUUUAUGAAUCCUAAAAUGUCAGCAAUUUAUUUGAAUGGUAGAAAAACACCAAUUUAAAGUUUACGAAUCAACAGACCUUUUAAAUACUUUGAAUGUGGCUUUAAAAGGAACAGGGCAGUUUGACUUCUCAUCUGCUGAAAUGUAAAUUAGAUGCAUUCUUUCUACAUCACUUAAUUGUAACUACAUUUAUUUGUUUUAUAUUUAGUUUGUGCCUUCAAAAAAAAUCUUAAUGUACAAAUGAUUCUGAUAUUUGAUGUAAACAAUUGGUAGAAUUUGACAAAAGUGCCAAUCUAUAUAUCCCAAGCUCCUUUACUCUGCUUUUGGGACUGUAUAAGACAUUCCACAAAAUAUUAUUCUGCAUAUGUAUUACAUGUUUAUGAUUUUGUGGGGUUGAAGGGUUUGAGUUGGGAGGGUUCAAGUACCUAUAAUCAUAAAACUAAAAUAAAAUAAAGCUGUUUAUUCUAA